AGCUUCCCAAAGGUGCCAGGUGGCGAUCUGCAAAAGCAUUGUCUGGCUUUAAGGGCUUGACAGUUAACGAUUUGUCGCAAGAGCUGGGCGGAGGAGUACCGGGACCUAGGCGAGCGUACUAGCGAGCGCAGCAGGAGAGCAAGGCAGGGCGCGAGCCGAGUCCGCGCUAUCCUCACAGGCACCGCCUCCUGUCUUCCGGGCCCCAGCACUUCUCCGGGUUCCGGACACGCGAGGCUCGUAGGGACCCCAUGGAGGCUGAGUCGCCCGCUAGCACGAGGGCCAGCGAGCCCCGGGCGCUGGGGACGGUGGGCAGUAUCGGCAGCCAACUGAGCAGGAUCCGAGGCAAACUCUUCACCUGGGAUAUUUUGAAGACCAUAGCCCUGGGCCAGAUGCUGUCCUUGUGUAUUUGUGGCACAGCCAUCACCAGCCAGUAUUUGGCAGAAAAGUACAGAGUGAACACGCCCAUGCUUCAGAGUUUCAUCAACUACUGCUUGCUCUUCCUGGUUUACACCGUGAUGCUGGCGUUUCAAUCGGGCAGUGAUAACCUUCUGGAGAUUUUGAGAAGAAAAUGGUGGAAGUAUACUCUCCUGGGGCUUGCCGAUGUGGAAGCCAAUUAUCUGAUCGUCAGAGCGUACCAGUACACGACUCUGACCAGUGUCCAGCUCUUGGAUUGCUUUGGGAUCCCUGUGUUGAUGGCUCUCUCCUGGUUUAUUCUCCGGGCAAGAUACAAAGUGAUCCACUUCAUUGCCGUGUUUGUCUGUCUGCUGGGUGUAGGGACCAUGGUUGGCGCAGACAUAUUAGCCGGGCGAGAGGAUAAUUCAGGGAGUGACGUUCUUAUCGGUGACAUCCUGGUCCUGCUUGGGGCUUCCCUGUACGCUGUGUCUAACGUGUGUGAAGAGUACAUCGUGAAGAAGCUGAGCAGACAGGAAUUUUUAGGAAUGGUGGGACUAUUUGGAACAAUCAUCAGUGGCAUUCAGCUAUUGAUUGUGGAAUAUAAAGACAUUGCCCGGAUUCAAUGGGACUGGAAAAUUGCCCUGCUGUUUGUGGCGUUCGCCCUCUGUAUGUUCUGCCUGUACAGCUUCAUGCCAUUGGUGAUGAAAGUCACUAGUGCCACUUCAGUCAACCUGGGCAUCCUGACGGCUGACCUCUACAGCCUUUUCUUUGGGCUUUUCCUAUUCGAGUAUAAGUUCUCAGGACUCUACAUCCUGUCAUUCACAGUCAUCAUGGUAGGCUUCAUCUUGUACUGUUCCACCCCAACACGCACAGCAGAGCCAGCAGAAAGCAGCGUACCCCCCGUCACCAGCAUCGGGAUCGACAAUCUGGGACUGAAGCUUGAGGAGAGUGGUCUCUCAGAGACCCACUCUGCAGUCUUGUAGCUGGACAAGCCACAGACUCCAGCGAGCAUGCCACCGGGAGAGAGUAGAGCCUGCCACUGCCAAGGGCCUAUCUGAGGGGACAUCAGCCUCAGAGGGAAAGCCCACUGUAUUGGAUUACAUCAGUGGUUAGAUGGUAGAAAGGAACGCUGAUCAGUGAUUCCAAACUAGAAAUACCAAAGCAGAGCAGAGAGUCCGAGGGCAGUGUUUCUGUGUGUUGAGUGCCAGUUCUUGUCACCGUCAGAGAGACCAGUGCAAGGCCCCUUGCUGGGGUCUCAGAGACACAUAUAAGAAGAGAAGGAAGGAUGGGGGACCUGCUUCAGGGCUGUUUAGGUAGUUAGGAGUUGGGACAGUCUGGGAUGGUUGUGCAAUAAGAUUCCUCUGUUGGAAGCCUCACAUUUUUGUUCUGCGGGGGCAGUCACUAUAAGUAUGAGCCUUAUGGAAUUUAGACACCCACUGGCUGCUUCCUUGGUGGCAGGUGGUGCGGAAAAUGGGCGUGGCAGCACUCGAGAACUCCCAAGAUAAACUGUGACUACUUUGAAAGCAGCUAAUGAGUACAGGAAUCCUCUCCCAGUUGUGUUCUUUGAUGUCUUAUAACAAGUCCCGCCCGUCUGUCCUCUUUCUCCUCCCUAGCCACGUUUGCUCCUGUGUUCUGAGUUCCAGAACAAACUGCUCUCAACGCCUGUUACAUUGGGCAUCCCACAUUCAGCCCCACACUACAUCCUGAAAGUUCUCCCAAGCAAAUACACUCCUGUUACCCUUUUAAAAAUGUCCCUGGUGCCCAGGAAUAGUCAUCCCCAUUGUCCUUACCUCGCUAAGCCACAGUUUAGAGAAUUUACCUGCUGCAAGUUCUCCUAGCAGGACAAGAGCUUGAGAAGUUGGUUGCUGUCUCUGGUUGGGAAAAAAAAAAGCAUUAUCAUUAAAAUGGAAACAAAAUGCUAAUCAUUUCCCAUGGAAGAAAGGAGCAGUGAGCAGUGGUUCCAAACCAGAAACACUAAAGUAGGUCGGUGCUGGGCUUCUGGAAUCCUGACUGAGAGGAGAGUGUCUUCCUUGUUUACACCAGUUUAUGAUGCUCGUGGGUUUCUGACACUUCCGCAGCACGGCGUGAACAUGCAGCUUCAGCAUAAUGUCAGCCACCAGGAUGUCACCUUUAGAAAACUCUAUGUAAAUGGUUUUUGUAUAGGUAUAAUAAAGAAAUUUGGGGUAAGUGUUCAUAUUAUUAAAAGACUUUAAACUCAUGGAAA